GUUUCCUAAUUCCCUCGUCGUGCCAUGGAUCCAGAUACCUAUGUCGAAAUUGUCGACCAGAUCCUUCAUCCGCAACGUAAAAAUACUGCACGAAUUUUGGAAGACCUUGGGCUCGCACAACCGCUCCGAGAACACAUCCAUAAAGACCUAGAGACGAAAAUCCUUGCGCCCAAGGAUCGACUACCGUCGCAUUGGCUUCCGACUUACCAAGUGCAUUGGAAAGAUCCGUUUUCAAUACCAUCGCUACUCAAGUCCUCUCCUUCCCCACCGCCGACGAGCCUGACGUUCGUGAGGACCGGGUUAGAAGGUCGCGUUACGGGUUAUAUUGAAACCCCCAAUCCCCGAGUGUCUACAGGAGUGACCUCCACGUCGUUGGAACGUGCACCCGGCCCCAGUACCAGCUUUGUCCGAGGAAAGUCUGGUCAUGUUCCAUUUUGGCCAGGGGGACUGGAUAUCCUGCUUGACCCUGACGCAUCGCUUGACUUGGUCGCAGGCAAGAAGGGCCUGCGAACCGUGCCACCUGGAUUUAGUAGAGGUUUGCGCCUUCGGAGCGAAGAAUUAGACGACGAUGCUCUCCUCGCCCUCGAUGAAAUUUCAACGACCAAAUUGUUGACGGAUGAAGAUUCUACGCUUUCCGAUGUGAAUGACGAAGUUGGUCAGGAUCACAACCUUUCACUGACACCUGGCAAAAAUGAGGAAAUUGACGAAUUACUGCCUUCGACUAGAUCACAUUUGCGGCCAGCAAAGGCUCCUAAGCGGAGUCGCGCAGCUCAUUUGCAGAAACGCGAUUGGGCUCACGUUAUCGAUGUCAAUACGCCCCUCAGGAACUUUCACGAGCUGGUACCAGAUAUGGCUCAUAAGUAUCCGUUCGAAUUAGAUACGUUCCAAAAGCAAGCUGUUUACCAUCUGGAAAUGGGUGAUUCAGUAUUUGUGGCUGCCCACACAUCCGCUGGGAAAACCGUAGUUGCGGAGUAUGCAAUAGCUUUGGCCGGAAAACAUAUGACACGAGCUAUCUAUACAUCCCCUAUCAAGGCACUCUCUAAUCAGAAAUUCCGCGAUUUCAAGCAAACCUUUGCGUCAAACUCUGUAGGCAUUUUAACUGGCGACGUUCAAAUCAAUCCCGAAGCCAGUUGUCUCAUCAUGACCACGGAAAUCCUUCGGAGCAUGCUCUAUAAAGGUGCAGAUCUUAUUCGGGAUGUAGAAUUUGUUAUAUUCGAUGAAGUCCACUAUGUUAAUGAUGCGGAGAGAGGGGUUGUGUGGGAAGAAGUAAUUAUAAUGCUUCCAGAUCAUGUUACCAUAAUCUUAUUGUCAGCAACUGUCCCGAAUACUAAAGAAUUCGCGGACUGGGUUGGGCGCACGAAGAAGAAGGAUAUCUAUGUCAUUUCAACGCUUCAGCGGCCCGUGCCUCUGGAGCAUUAUCUUUGGGCGGGGCGCGAUAUGUUCAAGGUUGUUGAUGCGCAAAGAAAUUUCUUGGGCCAGGGAUAUAAAGACGCUGGUGAGGCCGUAAGGCGGAAGCAAGACAAAGAACGAGAGGCGGCCGGUUUGCCACCGAUCCAACGUGUUGGCGCUCGUGGCGGAGCUGCACAAAGAGGACAGCAGCGUGGUGGACGUGGCGCACCAACUCCACCGAGAGCUUCACGGGGCGGAGGCUCCUCCCACAGGACUAUACACACCGCAGACAAGAAUCUUUACGUGCACCUUCUGGGGCACCUCCGGAAGAAGUCCUUGCUCCCGGUGGUCGUAUUUACUCUGUCGAAGAAACGUUGUGAAGAGAACGCUUCCACCCUUACCAAUGCAGAUUUAUGUACCUCAGUGGAGAAGAGUGAGGUACAUGUCGCAAUCGAGAAGGCGUUAUCCCGAUUGAAAGGUUCUGAUAAGAAACUCCCACAAAUUCGUCGCAUGCGUGACCUUCUCAGCCGUGGGAUUGGGAUUCAUCAUGGUGGUCUUCUACCAAUCAUCAAAGAGCUCGUAGAAAUACUGUUUGCGCGAGGGCUGGUCAAGAUCUUGUUCGCCACAGAAACUUUUGCUAUGGGCGUUAACAUGCCCGCAAGAUGCGUCGUAUUUUCUAGUAUUCGCAAACAUGAUGGCCGGAGUUUCCGUGAUAUCUUGCCUGGUGAAUAUACGCAGAUGGCCGGUCGCGCCGGUCGUCGUGGUCUUGAUCCCACCGGAACAGUGAUCGUCGUAGCCGGCGAUUCACUACCUGAGCAAGGAGCGCUGCAUAUCAUGAUGUUAGGAAAACCUGGAAAACUCUCAUCUCAAUUUAGGCUCACUUACAACAUGAUUCUGAAUCUACUUCGAGUGGAAGCCUUGAAGGUCGAAGAAAUGAUCAAGAGGAGCUUCUCAGAAAACGCAUCCCAGAGACUGUUACCAGAUCAACAGAGAAAAGUGACAGAGAAUGAAAACAUACUCUCGGCCAUGGACAAGCUCCAGUGUGAUAUAUGCAACGUAGACAUUGAGUUAUUCUAUGACGCAUCGCGAUCUAUCGUGGAAUUUAACGAAACCCUCCUGUCUAUGGCAACAAAUAGUUCGCACGGCCAAAAAGUAAUGUCAUCAGGACGGGUGGUGAUUCUUCGGGACCAUCAUUUCAAAACAAACAACGCCGCCAUUGUGCUGAAGAAAACACCAAUACAAGCAUCCGAUUCAGGAAAUGCGGAUAAGUCGAAAAAAUAUUUCGUCCUUGCCCUGGUGGAUGAAGCGACCAAAGACAAGAAAAACGAUCUUUCUCUUCGAGGUAUUACCCCUCAAUGGCCACCAGUACUUAGCGCAUUAGCUGUGGAUAACUGGACAUAUGAACUAACUUCGGUCCCGCUGACAAGUAUCUGCUUCGUAACUAUGCGAACGGUGAAAGUCGAUGCAAACACCAUUAUCGAUCGACAUAUAAUCUCCGCCAUGCGUGAAGGAGUGGCGGCCCUGGUCUCCAUGGUCAGCGAAUGGUCCCGUGCCGGGAACAUUCCGGAGGUAGAAUGGGGUAAAAUGCGUUCUCUCGACUUCCAGGAAGUCUUGAGAAGGCGCAGUGCCUACCUCCAGAGGAUCAAAAGUCGAACCUGUUUCCUUUGCGAAAAAUUUGAGGAUCAUUAUUCCAAAAUACACACCGAGAAAGUGUUACGAGCAAAUAUCGAGGAUCUAAAGCUUGCUAUUUCGGAUCAAAAUUUGGAGCUUAUUCCCGAUUACGAGCAGAGGAUAGAAGUCCUCAAAGAUCUUAAAUUUAUCGAUGCAAAUUCAACCGUUUUGCUCAAAGGCCGUGUAGCCUGCGAGAUAAACUCCGCCAACGAACUAGUACUGACAGAAUUAAUCCUCGAGAACACGUUGGCCGGCUAUGAACCUGAGGAAGUGGUAGCAUUACUAUCAUGCUUUGUCUUUCAAGAGAAGACGGACGUCCCACCUGUUAUUCCAGCAAGACUCGAGGAGGGCAGGGAUGUAAUUUUGGCGAUCAGCGAACGUAUUGAACGGUUGCAAGAUGAACAUGAAGUCCCAGUCGAAGACUUUCGUAAGCUCAAUUUUGGGCUAGUAGAGGUGGUUUACGAGUGGGCGAAAGGGAUGCCAUUUGAACAAAUCACGGCUCUGACGGAUGUCGCUGAGGGAAGCAUUGUUCGAGCCAUCACACGUCUGGACGAGACAUGUCGUGAAGUACGGGAUGCAGCUAGAGUAAUCGGAGACGCAGAACUGUUUAAGAAGAUGGAGGAAUCACAGAUGAAGAUAAAACGAGAUAUUGUGUUUGCCGCAAGUUUGUAUUUCUAGCAUUACUGUGUCAAUCAAGCCGCCUAUUUUUUCU